AUGCCCCUCAAGUUUAAAGCUCUUAGAUACAACAACAACAGCACCCCCAUCACUCUUAAGGAAACCCAAUUUGCCGAUGUGGAGGAGUUGCCUACAGGCUAUAAGGUGCCUGACAAGAAGGUGUUGGUUAGGGUCCACUAUGCUGCGUUGAACCCAAUUGACUUUUUGUUGAAAAAUGCCGCCACGUGCUGGAUUUUCCGUGGGGAAAGAGGUUUUGCCUCCGACUACUCUGGUGAGGUUGUGGCUUUGGGUGCUGAGGCCGCUAAGGAGACCGGCCUCAAGGUUGGCGACAGGGUCAAUGGCUUGAACCAGAUCCCUUUUGGCAACGGCACUGCGGCCCAGUACACUUUGGUAGAUCCAUUUUCUGAGGCUGGGUGCUCGAUCAGAAAAACCCCUGAUAGUCUCCCCUUGGACCAGGCGGCAUCUUAUCCUUUGGUGCUUGGAACUGCCCAGUCUUUCUUCAAUGAGGUCGACAAGAAGAACGCCUUGAAAAAGGUGUUGAUCAUUGGUGCAGGUACUUCGGUGGGAAGGUACACUGUGCAGCUUGCAAAGAAGGUGUACAACGUUGGCGAGGUGGUGGUUACAUGUUCAGGCAAGUCGGCAGACUUGAUCACCAGUUUGGGCGCCGACAAGAUCAUCGACUACACAAAGCACAAGUCGAUUUUGCAGCCUGUUUUGGAGCUGGUGAAGGAAUCGGGUAAAUUCGAUGCAAUUUUCGAUUGCGCCGGUAACUCGGACUUGUUCCCUGAGAUCCUCAACAUCAUCCAAGAUAAAGCCCACCACGGAUAUUACGGCUCAAUUGCCGGCGACAGCAAGCUCAAGUACGGCUCAGACUCCUUGACGGGUCUUUUUAUAAGCAAUUUAAACGGUGGCAUCAGACUCCUCGCCUCCCGGUUGGGUUACUACAAAUACAACUAUCAUCUCGUCAAGCUUCAUUCGGGUGAAAAGUGGGCCGACAAGGCCAUCAAGUACCAGAGCGAGUUGGGAAUUGUCAAUUCCAUCGACAGCGAGUGGCCUGCUGACGAGUAUCAGAAGGCGUUGGAUCGUCUUGCUUCCAACCGCGCCAGCGGUAAGGUGUUGAUCAAGUUUGCUGAUUAG